UGGGAAGAAACGAUGACGUAUGUUGGAAUGACGCAAUGUCCCAGCGCCUGGCAACAACCCGCACCGAGUGAUUCAUUCUGAAGUCUGAGAGAUGGCUUAGCUAGCCUGCUAAUUCACUAAAAGUUAACCAUGAAUGUGACUCGGAUGAAUUUAAAAAAAUCUAAUUUAGGCUAGUGUUCUUCCCUUUUUAUGAUAUACAACCAUCCAAGCAUGAAGUUGCUCCACAAAGACAUUGAAAAAGAUAAUGCCGGUCAGGUGACUCUGAUGCCAGAGGAGGCCGAGGAUAUGUGGCACACCUACAACCUGCUGCAAGUGGGGGACAGCCUGAGAGCCUCCACUAUCAGGAAGGUGCAGACAGAGUCCCAGACCGGCAGUGUUGGCAGCUCCAGAGUUCGGACCACGCUGACCUUAAGUGUGGAGUCUAUUGACUUUGACUCCCAGGCCUGCCAGCUGAGAGUAAAGGGCACUAACAUAGUGGAGAACCAGUAUGUCAAGAUGGGGGCUUACCACACUAUUGAGCUUGAGCUCAACAGAAAGUUCACUCUCGCUAAAAAGAGCUGGGACAGUGUCGUGUUGGACAGAAUUGAGCAGGCAUGUGAUGCGACCCAGAAGGCCGACGUAGCAGCCGUGGUGAUGCAGGAGGGUCUGGCCAACCUGGUGCUGGUGACCCCAGCUAUGACUCUGCUCCGUGCCAAAGUGGAGCUGACCAUUCCUCGCAAGAGACGGGGGAGCUGCACCCAGCACGAGAAGGCGCUUGAGCGGUUCUAUGAGGCCGUCAUGCAGGCGAUUCUUCGCCACAUCAACUUUGACGUGGUGAAAUGCAUCCUGAUAGCCAGUCCAGGGUUUGUGCGAGACCAGUUUAUGACCUACCUCUUCAAAGAGGCUGUGCGACAGGAUAACAAGAUCCUGCUGGAGAAUCGACCCAAAUUCAUAGUGGUCCACUCGUCAUCAGGUCACAAGUACUCCCUCAAAGAAAUCCUCACCGAUCCCACUGUGACAAGCAGGCUUUCUGAUACCAAGGCAGCAGGAGAGGUGAAGGCCUUGGAGGAAUUCUAUAAGAUGCUGCAGCACGAGCCCGACAGAGCCUUCUACGGACUGGCACAUGUGGAGAAAGCUGCUGACGCCCUCGCCAUCGACACCUUGUUGAUAAGUGAUAAGUUAUUCAGACAUCAGGAUGUUGCAACGAGGAGCCGCUAUGUCCGGUUGGUGGACAAUGUCAGAGACAAUGGCGGCAAUGUCAGAAUAUUCUCAAGCCUUCAUGUGUCUGGUGAACAACUGACUCAGCUGAGCGGGGUGGCUGCCCUUUUGCGGUUUCCCAUCGCCGACCUAUCAGAGCCUGAGGAUGACAGCAGCUCAGACGAAGACUGAUCCACAAACUGUAGCAGGGAGAACUCUUGUUGUGAGAAAUGAAAAGGAAGGUCGUCCAGCGAUAACACAGGAAUGCAUUGACUCAGUGUGUCAUAAAACAAUUAAGCUGCUGUGUUAUGGUCAACCCAUUGCAUCUCUGCAGAAACUUAACCAUUUACCAUAUCUACUCUACAAAAUCAUUUCCUUGAAGUGACCGUCAUUUGAUGCAGUUUUUCAGUGCUUUGGUGCUUUUGGCUUGAAGGUGGGUGAAGUUCAUUAGAAUGCCAAGAAACAGGAAUGUAACAUUUGUUGCCAAGUCCAAAUAAAAACUGUAAAAGUUUGACUCUUGUUGAGCAAUAGAACAUACACAUUUUUUCCUCAAAUGUAUUAUAUUUCUCUUUCAAAUAAACUGGAGCAUUGACCCAC